CUAUCCCCUCUCAACGUUUUAGGCAGUAAAACAACGGAUUUCUUCGUUUUUGACCAAUAACGCGAACAAAUCGACAAAGGAGACACGUGUUUGUUUAGCGUUUUGGAUAUUAAACGAAGUAUUUCUUCACUGUGCGGUGUCUUGUGACGUCCGGGACCGGAAAGGACCCCCCUCCCCACGACAGCUGGUUUGCAGAUUCUCCCCCCAUUAGCACUGAAGUUGUGUGAGCCGGCUGAGAUGAGCGGUCCAGAGGUGGCCAAGACACCGGGAGGCGGAGCUCCGGGAAAGGAGGGGAAGGAGCCGGUGGCCAAUGGGCACGCAGGAGAGGGCAGCGACGCCAACCCAUUCGCUGAAUACAUGUGGAUGGAGAAUGAGGAAGAGUAUAACAGACAGGUGGAAGAAGAGCUGUUGGAGCAGGAGUUCUUGGAGCGCUGCUUCCAGGAAAUGCUGGAGGAGGAGGACCAGGAUUGGUUCAUCCCGUCGCGUGACCUCAACAACCAGGGUGUGGGGCAGCUGCAGCAGCAGCUCAACGGCCUGUCCGUGUCCGAUCACCACAGCAACCUGGAGGAAGUGGCGAGGAAGAGCAUCUUGAAUCCCGAAGCGAAGGAGUUCGUCCCGGGGAAGAAAUACUAGGAGUCCCCCUCACCCCCAUGGAGCCUCCACACGCACACACACAGCAGUCCUCACAUAUUCUCAGAGACUCUGGCGGCCAAUGACCGCGCACACACUGAUUCUCACACACACAUGCAUGCACACACACACACACACACACACACACAAACAAAUACACUUGAAGUCAAUGGCGUGCUGGCAGGCCCAGUCGGGGGGUGGGGGGAUUUCUUUUUCUUUCUAUCUCUUUUCUUUUUGUUUCUUUAAUCUUUUUAUUUCCUGUUUGUUUCUUGUAAACUGAGGGACAUUUGGGAACUGGGGCGGGGGAGGGGUGUAAUACCAGCACCGCCCAACAGCGGGCGCUAGCUCAUCAUUGCAUUUCAGAAUACGUGUUGAUGUUUUGCAGAGUAUACAGAUCUCAUUGAUGUCCCCUCGGAACUGAGGCAGCUACCAAGGAGUGAUGCCAGGACAAAAAAAAAACUUCAAUCCAAAAAGAGUCUAAUAAACUUGAAAAAUGACUUCACAUACUUGUUAAUUUGUGUGCUGUCCAAUUGAAAAACAUUGAGGGUCUCUAAAACAAGUGAGGUUAUAGAAUGACUAACAUUUCAGGGGACUUCAUGGGUUUCUGUCGCUGCUCUGCAGAGUCAUCACAGUCAAAUCCUCUAAUGUUAGCUCCUAUGGUGUCAUAAGCUCCCUGUGACAUCACAGCUCUCGUGCAUCUAGAGAUGCAGGUUGUUAUUUGUAUCUGCAGCGGCUCUGUUCCAAACCAAAUACAGCCCCCCGCCCUCCCUGCACGCUCGUUUUUUUUUUUUUUUUUUCCCCCCGAAGUGAUCCGAGCAGACGUGGACACGUGUAAUCAUGGAUAAGAAAUUAUUUUCCCAAUUUAUGUGGAAGUCCAUGUUUAUCUUUCGUCCAGCUUUAUUAGAACAGAAGUGCGAGUUUUUUCCCCCGAUCACCAUGCAUCAAGUCAUCAUGAGUGAAGGUCAGAGCUUUUUGAACGUUAUUUUCAGUCAGUUAUAUUUUCGUUCACAGCUUCGUUCCUUUUUAAGUGUGAAUAAAUGAGGUGUAGCGAGCGGUUUUGUAACGGGGGGGGAAGUAUUCGGUGCGGAACACAGCCGCCGCCUCUUACUGCUGGAACACCUUGGUUUGUCCAGCAUCAGAUCAAGUGUCCAUACCCAAAUCAGGUUUUCAAAUAGCCUCUCCUCCUCUAUUUUUCUUCAUUAUUUUUUUCUUCAUGUUUUGAGGAUGAGGCGUUUUGUGUCUCUACUGGGUACAGUAGCCUGUGGUGUCCAUUCAGUCCUGUUUGAAGGAGGAAACGUUGGGAGGGGAUGUUCUCACAGCCAGUCUGAAUAAAGCAGUAUUGGAACAUG